AUGGCUCAACGAGUGACAUACCGAAGACGAUUAUCGUACAACACUAAAUCAAACUUGAUCAAAAAGACAAAGACUCCUGGUGGACGACUGAACGUCUUGUACGUGCACAAACGAGCCAACGGUGCUAAAUGUGGUGACUGUGGAUCAAAAUUACCUGGGCUCCCAGCUUUGAGACCACAAAAAUACGCUCGUCUAUCAAAGUCAAAGAAGAAUGUCACCAGGGCAUACGGUGGCUCACGAUGUGCUGGCUGUGUUAGGGAACGAAUCGUUCGUGCCUUCAUCAUUGAAGAACAAAAGAUUGUCAAGAAGGUAUUGAAAUCUCAGAGUUCCGAGACCAAGAAACCAGCUGCACCAACUCCUGCUAAAGCCAGCAAGAAGUAG